UUAUUUGUAUUCCUACAGAUACAAUUUAUGCCUUAUCAUGCGACGCAACAAAUAUAGAAGCAAUACAAAAAAUUUAUAAAAUAAAGCAGAGAGCUUUAGAUAAAACAUUACCCAUGUUUAUGUCUAAUAUAAAAAUGGCUAGAUUAUAUGCUAAUUUUUAUAAGAAAGAAUUAAAUUUAGCAGACAAAUUCUGGCCAGGAGCUCUAACCUUAGUAUCUAGGAUUAAAAAUACUCAUAAAAAUCUUCCUAAUCUUUUAAAGAAUAAUCAAAAAGUUGCUAUUAGAGUUCCAAAAAACAAAUUAAUACAAUCUGUUUGCCAAUCUAUAAAUAAACCAAUUAUUGCAACAAGUGCAAAUAUUUCUAAUCAAAAAAAUAUUAACUCUUUAGAUGAAAUUAUUAAAGAGUUUGAAAAUAAAGUAAAUUUAAUUAUCAAAGACAAUAGAGAAUUAAGUGAUAAUUGUUUAACUGCUUCAACCAUUAUUGAAUUUACUAAUAAUGAAAAAUAUAGAAUACUUAGGAAAGGUGUUAUCAGUAAAAAGGAAUUAGAUAAUAUUAGUUAG